GAGUUUCUUUUCCCCGAAAACGUUUCAGUAAAUUUAACCCGUGAUGUUCGCACUCGCAAGAAGGCAGCAGUUCAUUAUUGACUCUGUUUUUCUUUAGGUUGUGCUGUUGCGCACAUAUUUAACGGACGUGCGUCUGGUCGUUUUGGCCUUUACGAGUGGACAACAUGAAUCAUUAAUUUCGCUGAACGUCUAAAUGUCAAUCUAAAGGAGCCCGCAGGAGGAGAAGCUGAUUCCUCUGGUCACGCUCCCGCAAUUAUGGCGUCCGGAUAUGGGUACGAAUCGCGGACUAUAGGCAAAGAUGAUGUGAACUACAGGAUGCAUUUCCGUAUGAUCAACGAGCAGCAAGUGGAGGAUAUUACACUGGACUUUUUCUAUAAGCCGCACACAAUAACACUGUUAACAUGCACAGUGCUCAGCUUGAUGUAUUUUGCAUUUACAAGGGAUGAGACGAACGAAGACGCCAACUUGUGGGUGGGCCUCAUCCUGGUCCUCUCCUUCUUCCUGGUCAUCAGUGUUCUGGCCUUCCCUAACGGACCAUUUACCAGACCACAUCCGGCGAUAUGGCGAAUAGUUUUCGGUCUGAGUGUGCUGUACUUCCUGUUCCUGGUGUUCAUCAUCUUCCUAAACUGGGAGCAGGUGAAGAACGUCAUGUACUGGCUGGACCCCAACCUGCGCUACGCCACCCGGGAGGCUGACAUCAUGGAGUAUGCAGUGAACUGUCACGUGAUCACCUGGGAGCGAAUCCUGAGCCACUUUGACAUAUUUGCCUUCAGUCACUUCUGGGGCUGGGGCAUGAAGGCCCUGCUCAUCCGCAGCUACGGCCUCUGUUGGACCAUCAGCAUCACCUGGGAGCUCACUGAGCUGUUCUUCAUGCACCUGCUGCCUAACUUUGCUGAGUGCUGGUGGGACCAGCUGAUCCUGGACAUCCUGUUGUGUAAUGGAGGAGGCAUCUGGAUGGGUAUGACUGUCUGUCGCUUCCUGGAGAUGAGGACCUACCACUGGGCCUCCAUCAAGGACAUCCACACCACGACAGGGAAGAUCAAACGUGCUGCGCUCCAGUUCACCCCGGCGAGCUGGACCUACGUCCGCUGGUUUGACCCCAAGUCUUCCCUGCAGCGCGUCACCGGGGUCUACCUCUUCAUGAUCAUCUGGCAGCUGACAGAGUUGAACACAUUCUUCCUGAAGCACAUAUUUGUGUUCCCGGCGUGCCACGCCCUCAGCUGGUGUCGGAUCCUCUUCAUCGGCAUCAUCACAGCUCCCACCGUGAGGCAGUACUAUGCCUACCUCACAGACACACAGUGUAAGCGUGUUGGGACACAGUGCUGGGUGUUUGGGGCCAUAGCGUUCCUGGAGGCCUUGGCGUGUAUAAAGUUUGGAAUGGAGCUGUUCUCCAAGACCCAGGUCCUCUAUGUGCUGCUGUGGCUGGUGUGUGUGGCCUUAAUCACAUUCCUGUGUCUGUAUGGGAUGGUGUGGUAUGCAGAGAUCUACGGCCCCAAAGAGAAGAGCUACUCUGAAUGUGAGGACAGCAACUACAAUGAGGACUUUGUGUCAGAACAAAGGAAAGGAGAACUGCAUUCUGAGGGUGAGGCUCCUCCCACCAGGCAGCGUGGGCGGAGCUCAGGGAAGAACAAAUCCACCAAUGGGCUGGGGAAGAAGUAACGCUAGCCCUGCCACCCAGGGUGGAGUCCCGCCCUCUUCUCCUGUCAGAACCCCGGACCACAGAGGAAGAGGUGCAUGUUGGGAGAGAUGGAAGAGAAAGAAAGGAUAUAGACAACACUUUCCCUCUGCAUUUUAACGUAUGGAGAAGCACCCAUCCAUAAGAGGGGAGAGUGGGCCCAGGUUAGGGGCGUGGUCAGUGGACAGGAUAGACACACCAUGUCCAUGCAGGGUUGGAGAGGAAGGAGAGAGGGGAGAGUGGGCCCAGGUUAGGGGCGUGGUCAGUGGACAGGACAAACACACCAUGUCCAUGCAGGGUUGGAGAGGAAGGAGAGAGGGGAGAGUGGCCUAUAGAUCAGAGAACCACACAGAUACCUACUGGUGGUUCACAUGGUCAGCACCUACCUACCUUAUGGCUGAUCAGUUUGUGUGUGUCUGCGUAAGCAUGUGUGUGUGGUGGCAAUAUUGCUUCUCCUCAGUCAGAACAGAAGAAUGCAUGUUCCAUUGUACAGGAGUUGGUAAACUACUGUGAUUGGAGAGCUACGUUUAUCCUGUACCAUAUAUCUUUCAUGUGCUUCAGCCCAUAGAAUUAGACUACUAGAAUGGAUAUGAACCUUCUUAUGAUGGUAUACAGGCUGUCAGCCAUUUUGGUCAGGGAGUUGGUCAACCAUGGUUAGCCAGUGCUGUGAUAAGAUAUUGUGUAAAAUAAUGAAUUGGGGGAAUUUGUCUACAGUGUGUUUGUUAGCUAGCUAACCGGACAGCUUUUAGAGGAACGAUUCAAUUCAUUUGUCCAUUUAACUGUCAAUAUGCCAACAUUCCAUUCCAACAAUCCAUUCACUGGCUGGUUGGACUUCGGCUAGUUGUAAAUGCAAUAAGUUAGCUAUUGAUUAUUGUAUCAUAGUGGCACUCAGUUUUCCAAGAAAACAACAACAAUUUUGGCAUUUUAUAGUCUGUUUACAUAUAUUAUAGAGGCUAUAUCAAAAUGUGUAUAUAAAACUGUAUUUAUAAUGAUGACUAUUUCAGAUUGACAUUAGACAUUUCUGGUAUCACAUGACUUCCUUUUGUUUUCCUGUAGACGUUGAAUCAGCAUUAUGCCUCUACUGCCUGUCAGUCAGACUGGUUCGGAUUCCUCCCUGAACAAUAUGGCUCCAUUAUCCACCCUACUCUGGGAAUGUGAGGGUUUAUGACAUAGCCCCCCCACCUCCAUCACACUACUGUAUGUAAAUGGGGCCCUAUUCUCUAUAUAGUGCACUAAGAUUGACCAGACCCCAGUCCAGUGUACUGCACUAAGACAAUAGGGUGCUAUUUGGGAAGCAGAGGUGAUAUAGCUGUGUAAUAUGACAGAAGUUGGACUCUCGUGUUGACUACUGUAGAGGAAGGCUGUUAUUCUCUGCUCCAACUCUUCAUCAUCAGUUGGUUCAUAUUUGUAAGUGUUCACCAUUUUUGGUUUGUUUUUAUGACUUGAACAAAGAGAGGAAUGUGACCAGAGGCCAUCUGUAUCAAACAUCGGAGUAGGAGUGCUGAUCUAGGAUCAGGUCCCAAUGGAAUCCUACUCAUUAUACUCUAAAAUACUCACUGAUCCUAGAUCAGCACUAUACUGUCACAGUAGAGAUGCUUGGUACAUAUGGCACCAGGAUUUUAAUGCAAAGCUGCUUUGGCAUGGAAGGACGUACGUUUGUGAUUGUUGUGUUUGACCUCCUGGGUCAGAGAAUUGUCUCUGUGCUCCACCAGCUCCAUAUAAACCGUUGACUUCCACUGUUUUGGAGAUGCUGUACUUUUACUGUAAUGUUUUGUUUUGUGAAAUCAUCGUCGUGACCUUUGUGUGAUUUAUUAUGUGAUGUCCCAAAUGGCACCCUAUUCCCUGUAUAGUGCACUACCUUUUGACCAGAGUCCUAUGGGCCCUGGUUCAAAAGUAGUGCACUAUAAAGGGAUUUUGAUGCCAUUUAGGAUGCUGCCUUCCUCUCCCUUCACAUCUGGGCUGCUGUGUUUUUCCAGUAAAUGACGAGGCCAGUCGUUGGAGCUUGGUCUGUCUGUGCAGGCAGGUAGCUUUGUUUUCCUACGAUGUGGAUGUUCUCGCCUUGCAUGGCUACGUGUGGAAAUGGAGUGUGUCGGGUGGGACUGGGGGAGGCUACAGAUUUACUACAGUAGUCGUGACAACAUGGUCUUUGCGUCAGUGUCGCACCACAUCAGUAAGCCAGUAUUCACACCAUGUCUUUUUUCAGUGUUGCUGUAAACAUUUUUAAUUCAAUGCCCUUGUGCCUGUAUGUAUGUGUGUAGUUUUGUUCUUUUUAACACUUUUUUUGCAGUUUGUAUUCAACCUUCUACAUUUCUCCUUGAGUCUUUAUUCCAGUGUUCUAUUGAUGAUUAUAUAAACUGGGUGGUUCGAGCCCUGAAUGCUGAUUGGCUGACAGCCGUGGUAUAUCAGACCAUAUACCACGGGUAUGACAACAUUUAUUUUUACUGCUCUAAUUAUGAUGGUAACCAGUUUAUAAUAGCAAUAAGGCACCUCGUGGUAUAAGGCCAAUAUACCACUGCUAAGGGCUGUGUUGCGUCGUGCCUAAGAACAGCCCUUAGCCGUGGUAUAUUGGCCUUAUACCACACCCCCUCGGGCCUUAUUGCUGAAGUAAAGGUUUGUCAGUCACUGGGUAAUACUCUGAGAAUGCAUCCAUCCGUCCUCCCCUUGGAGUAAACACUGUUCUGACAUAACUGUCUUUCUAAGCUACCUUUUUUUUUUAAAUACAAAAUUGCGUAUAAUUACUGAGAAAUGUGGUUUGACGAAUGGAGUUUAGCAAUGUCACUCUGAGCUAUUAUCACCCAUCCAGUUGUCAGAUAAGUGAAUAUUUUUGAGGGAGGGUGGAAGGGAGGGUAGAAGGGUGCAUUUUAGAAGUAUUCAACCAUAGCCAUCAUCUCAAUAGAAAUAUUUCUCUCAUGUCAAAAUCAGACAUUGACACAUCCCCAGGUAGCAUGGACCAGACUCCCUGGCUGUAUAGAAUAUGGCCUAUUGUUUCUGGAAUGAAGAUGCCAUUUUGCCAAAACAAUCCCUCUUGAAAAGGAGACUUGUGUGUUUUUUUUUUUUUUUUUCACUCGGAAUUAAUAAAACUUUAUUAAAAAUG